CGGUUCUUACCUCCACAUACUCGAAAGCAGUAAAUCCAUCUGGGCAAGCGCUUAUGCGUGUGACCAGACUUGUUGGAAAUGAACUCACGGUGAUACGCCCAAGAACGCCACCAAACCUUGCUCUUACCGGCGCACUAUGCGAGAGCGUCUAUCAUCCGAGGGUUGCAAAUGUCAAGCGCCGUAUUACAUUCACUUCGGGAAGUUCUGGUCCAGCAUCCACCGCGGGUCCAAGUUUUCCCGAAAUGUACAAGGAGAAGAAACCGAUUAGCGCCAGGUUUGAGUCGCCGUCCAUCACAUGGAUCGAUCCAGGGUAUCGUGGAACCGGAUGAUUGCUCAAAUAUAAGACCUGUAUAGUUUCUGGGUUUGAGCCCUUUGAUGCUGGGGCAAGAUCACUGUUAGCCAUAUACACACGACUUCUGUAUGCAUUCAUCCAGUCGAGUUUCGACUCCAAAAGCACCCAAGUUACGAAAUAUCGCGCUCCCUCCCGCAAGCCCUGCCAUCACCCCCAAUAACUCGACAUACACAGGCCCCACCAUCAUCGCUAAUCUGAAGAUAUCGACCUUAUCCCCAUCCCCCAAUCAUCAAACCGCACCGCAUACUUCACCAUCGAACCAGAUGUCUCCGAAUACCAGAAUCCCAUCAAACUCAAGUCCUCCGAAACCGUUUUCAUCCAUGUUUUUUGCUGAUGUUUAUUUCGUAAAUCUAGCGCGCCCUCCAAAAAGCAUCCUGAAGAUUCCCAUCCAGGGAACACAGCACACGCCCUCGCAAGCGUCGAGCACUAGCAGUUCAUCGAGUCAAAAGCGGCCCUUGAAAGGUAUUCUUAAAAACGCUCGUUCCAUUAGGAGACAAGAAGAUCUCCCGAACACAACCCCGGUAGGGAUGACUCAAUCUCUGGCGCCACACGAGGUUCGGCCUUCAGAUGUGGGAACGCCGGGGUCUGAUGCGUAUGGGAUGACGCCAGCGGGUAAAGGUGGCCUGAAGCCCGGCGUAAUCUCAUUGAACUGGAUCCUGGUGCACCAAGAUAGGGAUAGAAAACGACCCGCGCAGUGUCGACACCUUCGGAAGGGUUUUGAAAUGGCAAUCCAGCCUGAUCGCCUCCCGAGCCCGGGAGCUUGGGUGUACGACACCCUAUUACAUACCUACCUCAAUCCCGCGCAAUUUGUUGAACAAUCGGCCUCGACACACUCUACCUUGCGCGAUUUCCCACUGCACAUCGUCACUGCUUGGAACCCUCAAUGGGAGUGUACCGUGCGGCCGACUAGUAAAGGGAUCCUAUGCAUCGACGUGUUCCGAACCAUAUUUAAUAUGUUGCAGACACCUCUGACCAAUGACGAACUUCGGACGAUGAACAUGGCAGAUUUAGAACAUGCUCGUGUGGAGCGCCUGCUUAGGACGCCUCAUGCGCCUCGAGGAUACCUUCGUGUUGAUUCACUCGGACAGCAUCGGCAUUUCAAGGGCUUGAGGCAGAAGGGCUCCGAUUGGAUUCUCGACGUUUUUGGCCCUAUGGACUCUUAAAGCCCGUUGAUUUCACGACGAAACGAACGUUCAUUAUUUAUCUCAUAUUUUACACCCUCCUUUCAUCUCUGUUGUACUUCUUAUUGGAAAAUGUAUCACCCUGCGCUCAAAUUCAUCAUACCAUACCGACAGGUCACUCAUACCACCCCCCUCACUUGUGUAUUGUUGCUCGUUCUUGGUUUUGCUUUCGUUCUGUUGUCUAUGCAUAUCAUCGCACCCUCCUCGCAAUUGUAUUAUCUCUCAACACAUGCUCUGUCGUUUUUUCUCUAUUUAGUGGAAUUAGUGGUUUUUCGUCGUCCCUUUUUUCGGAGUUCGAAGUCUAGUGCACCGUCACAUAAUAAUUUAGUUCCUCCACGCCUACAUAAUCCAACCCUUUUUUCAUGAUCUCUAGGUAGUGGACCCUGAUAAUCAAAGUUCACCCUACUCACCAC